UCUUUACAAGAAUUUUUAUGCUUUAGUUUCUCUCUCUCUUUCUUUCCUUUAUUUCAUCUUCUCUUAAUUACUAACUGUAUGGUUUUGAUCAGUAACAAGACCAUGACUACAACAUGUAGCAUCAUUGUAAACAUGCAUUUGUUAAGAUUCAUUACUUCCUUUUUAUCUUUAAUCUCUACAGUAUACAUGAAUAUGCCCAGCAUACAAGAAUAAUCAGCAAAUAAGGUUUUAAGAAUUAAGUCCUCAAAAGGUUUGAUAUGCUCAGCAGGUUUGAAAGUCACAAGCAUAUGCAUUGAUUAAAAACCAAGGGAGAUCUAGCAAACUUAACAAAGGUACAUGGGUGUUAAUUGGCAAUACUGGGAAUUUCCGAUAAAUUUGGAGAAAUAGCAAUAUGGAGAUACAGAUUUGAGUUUGCUAUUUGCUUAAUUAUAUAUUUAUUUUGGAACAUAAUACAGUUUGCUAAUUUUUUACUUAAUUAACUUAAUUUUAUAGCUCUUUAUUCUUAUAUUUUUAAGAAUUAUGAGUAUUUAUACUAAUUGCAUAAAACUUGAGAGAAAAAAAAAAACUUAAUUUAAUAGCCGAAUUUUUUAUCCCGAAUUUUUAAUUAGUGAACGUAUAAUAUCCGUAUAAAUCACGUAUCCGAAUAAUUGGCGAAUCCGUUUUUUUAACCGUAUUUUUCAACGAAUUUAAAAAUUAAUAGACGAAUUAUAUCCGAAUUAUAUCCGUACCGAAUUUUUGCCGAAUCCGAAUUAACUAACUAUGCUCCUGAUAAUGGCCAUAGGAAUGCAAUACUAUUCAACUUCAUUUAGUGCUAUUCAACUUCAUUUACCUAGUCCAUCCCAGACCAGUCGGUAGCAUAGUUGAUUUGGUCCCCGAAUACCCAAUAACUAUCUUCUCGAUGCAAUUAAUCAAAUAUAUAAAUAGACCCAUAAGAUCUAGCAAUAUCACUCAACUUUAUUAAGAUAGAAUUAUAUGUUUCCUCUUAUUUGUUUCUUCCGGUAUUCUCCAUUCCCUCCCGUUAAUUCUUUUAUUAUACUUUGUUAUAGCUGUUGCAGCUAAUCAUGACCUUCCUUACCAAUAUGACACAGCACACAGCAGCCACCGUUUUCACAGUUGUGUUCUUGGUAAUAUUCGGGACUACGAUACUUUCAGUAGCUAUUCGCUUAAUAAUUUAUGCCAAAAAAGUAUACUUGAGAAGAAAUGAGCAUACCACGAUCACCACAAAUCCAUCAACACCAACUAACAGAGCGGUUGCAAACGAGACUCUCGACACAAACUCCGUAGAGAAACUCCUCGAAGAGGUCGCUCCACUGCAGUUCUCGCCAGAGCAACUCACCGGAUUCACCACCAACUACGUGACCAAGCUGGGGUCUGGAGGGUUUGGUGCAGUCUACAAGGGUUGGCUCCCAAACAAAGUAAAGAUUGCGGUAAAGGUCCUAAGGGGAGAUAAUUUGGAUGAGAGAAUCAAGGAGCAGUUCAUGGCGGAGGUGGGAACGAUCGGGAGAACGCACCACAUCAAUCUCGUCAGGCUCUACGGCUUCUGCUUCGAACAGGAACUUAAGGCACUGGUGUUCGAAUAUAUGAAGAAUGGCUCGCUCGACCGUUAUUUGUUUGAUCACGAAAAACACCGCACGAACGUUGCAGCAUUGCAUGAGAUUGCAGUCGGUACGGCGAAAGGCAUCAAAUACUUACACGAGGAGUGCGAAAAUAGGAUAAUCCACUACGAUAUAAAGCCUGAAAAUAUCCUUCUUGAUGCGAAUUUUACUCCUAAGGUAGCCGACUUCGGCCUAGCGAGGCUUCUAAGUAGGGCGAACACUCAUAUCACCAUGACAGGGAUGAGAGGGACGCCGGGGUACGCCGCACCAGAGAUGUGGGUGCCCGGCGCUCCUAUCACGUACAAGUGUGACGUCUACAGUUUCGGCAUCAUGUUGUUCGAGAUAGUCAGAAGGCGGAGGAAUUUCGACGAGCGCGCUACCGAGAGCCAACAGUGGUUUCCGACAGAGGCGCUCAAGAGAUUCGUGGAGGGCCGGUUGGGGGAGGUGAUGGCGUCGCUGCACGGGGUUCAAGAAUGGGAGAGUAUGGAGAAGGCUGAGAGGAUGUGUAAGGUGGGGCUCCUGUGUGUGCAGUACCGCCCGCAGGCGAGGCCGGAGAUGAGUAUGGUGGUGAAGAUGUUGGAAGGGGAGAUGGAGGUUACGGCCCCUCCGACAAACGCAUUUCAGCACUUCAUGGGUGUAGAAAUAGAGGGAAGAAGUAGCAGCACGAAUCCGGUGACUUCUGGCUCCUCCACGAGAUAAAUGGCAGUACAGUCUUGAAAUCAUUGUAAAGUUUUGUUUACGUAACACUUUUACAAUUUUUUAUUUUUUUUAUUUUUUUGAAAAGUUCGUCAUAAUAUGAUUUUCUGCUUUCAGAACAAUGGCAUCGUUUGGUUGCUUGAAAA